UUCAACUACCAAAAACAAAAGCUGCUCACUUUUUCUUCAAUCCUCUCUUCUGUUUCUGCUUCAACUCUCCCAAAAGAUCGAAACUUUCAUCCAUUUCCGAAAGACCCGUUAAAGCUUAAAAGCCAGAAAGAGUUUUUCUGCGUAAAAUGAGAUUAGAGGAUAGACUGGAGGCGGUGAAUCAGUACUGGAAAAAGAUGUUCCGGAGGGUGAAGGCGGCGGUGAAGAAGAAGACGAAGAAGAGGAAGCAGACUAUGUUUCAGUAUGAUCCAUGGAGUUACGCCUUGAACUUCGACGACGGAGGAGAGAAUCCUCAGAGAUUCUGCGGCUACUGUAAACCCUGCAAAAUAACUUUGAUUUAUGUUGUUUCUGUCAAAUUUUGA